UACAGAAUGACUCUUAAUUAUUUUCCUUCUUCCUUUCUCUGUUUCUCUAAAGGAAAAAGAUGUCGUCGAGCCGGAGGAAUCAGCUCAAGAGCUUGCUGCUGCAGAUCGGCGAGGCGAUGCUAGAGGAGGAGGCGCAGGAGGCCCAAAGGCAAAAAAUGAAGCACAUGGAGGAGAACUGUCCCGCCCUCUCCAUCCCAGGCUCCAUGCAGGAGCUCCAGGAGCUGUGCCGGAAACUUCAUAAGCAGAUUGAUUUGGUGGAUGAUGAGCGAUACGACAUGGAGAUCAAAGUGAAGAAGUCCAACAAGGAGAUCGAUGACCUGAAGCUGAUGGUUCAGGAUCUGAAUGGGAAGUUUAAGAAGCCGGCCCUGAAGAAGGUGCGGAUGUCGGCUGAUGCCAUGCUGGCUGCUCUGCUGGGCUCCAAACACAAAGUGUCUAUGGACCUGAGAGCCAACCUGAAGCAGGUCAAGAAGGAGGUGAAAGAGGAGGAGAAACAAACAGGCGACUGGAGGAAGAACAUUGAAGACAAGGCUGGGAUGGGCGGCAGGAAGAAGAUGUUUGAGACAGAAGCUUAAACAUCAGUGUGUUGUUCUUCUGUUGACCAGUAUUAUUCAUUUCUCUGUGUUAUGUGAGUCUAUGCUGUUGGCAAUGUGUAUAAA